AUGAAGAAGAGGUUCGUUUCACGUUUCGGCGCAGACCUGGGUGCAGAGUUGGUGCGUGAGAAAGCGGAGGAGGCUGGGGGAACGGACGGAGGCCAAGCAGCUGAGCGCAUGGGCAGGAAUCUCCGGUCGUUCGCCGGCCAAGGAAGGGCAUGGCAGGCCCAUUAUUGGCAGCGCCGGCGACAACCCCAGGGCCUGAGGCUGCCCGCGCCGCAGCCGCACCGCACCACCUCCGAGGCCUUGCGGAACAUCCCGCCGACAUUUCUCGCUCUCCACCACCGCGUCGCCGACAAAGCUAUCCGCGCCGCUGUCCCUGCCGCCGCCGCUCCGCAUUCCGUGUCGAAGCCAAGGGCCGUCGCCAUGAUCCAGCUCAAGUCGCUUGUCAACUGCAUUGACAACUCCGGCGCUGCCGUCGUCGAGUGUGUCAAGGUCCUGCGCAGCAAAAGGCCGGCCACUAUCGGUGACCGCAUCGUCGUCGUCGUCCAGAAGCAGCGCUCCUUCGGUCCUGAGUCCGGUGGUGGCAGUGUCUCGGUCAGCGCUGCGAACAAGGUCAAACGUGGUGACAUCAGGCACGCUGUUGUCGUACGGACGGCGAAGAAGCUUCAGCGCCCUGAUGGCAGCGUUGUCAAGUUCGACGACAAUGCCUGCGUUUUGAUAAACAAGGCCGGGGAGCCCAUCGGGAGUCGUUUGAACGGUAUUGUCGGGCAGGAGCUCCGCAAGACGAAGUGGUCGAAGAUCCUCUCGCUCGCCCCCAUGCACCUAUAG